AUGGUGAACUAUUCGCUUAAUAAUGAACAAGAACGAGAUGAAGUACCGAAUACAUAUGGAUUUUUUGUUUCACCGAACGAAAUUGAAACAGAAGAAUCAGUAAAAGCAUCAGUAGCUCGUCGUCAAGAACAAAAAUGGCUUGAUAUGUUUGCCGAUUGGGCUUUAUCUAUUGAAUUACGUUUUGAUAAAGUCAAAACGCGUUGUCGAAAUUAG